AUGAGUAUUUCCGCAAUCUCUCUACUUUCCCAACCUGCCUGGGAGGUCAUGGUGCAAGAUUUCUGGAAAAGAGCUUUUGGAGACCUGGUGCCGAUGACUUUGCUUGAGCAGAAAGUCGCGUACUUCACAAUAUGCAGAUAUGCGUGUGGAGAUUCCAGUGCUAUACUUACGGUUCCUUUUUUCCCAACGGUUCCUGUAAUGAAAGUUGGAGACGACCUGCCCGAAAUUGAUGUUCCAAGUUCGGCAUUCAUCUACUUCAAAAGUGAAUAUGCCAAGCGCAGUCCUCCCAACCCGAUUAAUAGAAUAAGAAAUGGACAACAGAGAGCUGGUGAUCCACACACUCUCGCCUGGCAGGCACUACUCCCGGUUCAAAAGGAAAUGUGGAUCACGUGCUUCCAGAAACGCAAGAAACAAGCCGAGACACUCAUUCUUGCUGGGUGGUACAAGAAGAAGCCGAGCGGGUAUCAACUGAGACGGGAGCGGAGAAUGGCGGCGUAUAGAAGAUUUUAG